CGGGAAUGGCAAAAGGAAGGCAGCAAGAGAUACAUGUGCACCGGCCGUCCAGGCUGGCUGACUGUGUCACUGCGGGUUGGGAAGUACAAGAAGAUCCAUAAGAACAUCAUGAUCAACUUAAUGGAUGUUCUGGAAGUGGACAGUGAAAGACAGAUUGUUCGUGUUGAACCUUUGGUGACCAUGGGCCAGUUGACUGCACACCUGAACCCCAUGGGCUGGACUAUUCCUGUGGUACCAGAGCUUGAUGAUCUCACAAUAGGUGGUGUGAUCAUGGGAACUGGCAUUGAGUCUUCAUCCCACAUCUAUGGACUUUUUCAACACACCUGUGUGGCCUAUGAACUUGUUCUUGCUGAUGGAAGCCUUGUGAGAUGCUCACCAACUGAAAACUCAGACCUAUUUUAUGCAGUGCCUUGGUCUUGUGGUACUCUGGGUUUCCUGGUUGCAGCAGAAAUAAAGAUGGUUCCUGCAAGGAAAUAUGUCAAAAUACAUUACCAGCCUGUGAGAGGACUGCAGAAGAUUUGUGAGAAGUUCACUGAGGAGUCUAAGAAAAAGGAGAAUAGUUUUGUGGAAGGACUUCUGUAUUCUUUGGAUGAAGCAGUCAUCAUGACAGGAGUCUUGACUGACGAAGCUGAGCAAAGCAAGAUAAACAAAAUUGGCAACUACUACAAGCCAUGGUUCUUCAAGCAUGUGGAGACAUAUCUGAAAGCUGACAAGACUGGAAUAGAAUACAUUCCUUCCAGACAUUACUACCACAGGCACACACGCAGUAUCUUCUGGGAGCUCCAAGACAUCAUUCCCUUUGGCAAUAACCCUGUCUUCCGUUACCUCUUUGGCUGGAUGGUUCCUCCCAAAAUCUCUUUACUAAAACUCACACAAGGAGAAGCGAUUCGAAAGCUGUACGAGCAGCACCACGUUGUGCAGGACAUGUUGGUGCCAAUGAAGAGCCUUGAAAAAUCCAUCCAGACCUUCCAUGUUGACCUCAAUGUGUACCCUAUUUGGUUAUGUCCUUUCAUAUUGCCCAAUAAUCCUGGUAUGGUCCAUCCCAAAGGAGAUGAAGCAGAACUCUACGUGGACAUAGGAGCUUAUGGAGAGCCCAAAAGGAAACAAUUUGAAGCCAGGGCUUCCAUGAGGCAAAUGGAAAAGUUUGUAAGAAGUGUGCAUGGUUUCCAGAUGCUGUAUGCAGAUUGCUAUAUGACCCGUGAGGAGUUCUGGGACAUGUUUGAUGGCUCGUUGUACCACAAGCUGAGGGAGGAGAUGAAUUGCAAGGAUGCCUUUCCAGAAGUGUAUGACAAAAUCUGCAAAGAUGCAAGGCACUGAGCUAGGCUGAUCUAACCAAGCAAUCAG